AUGUGGCUGUUCGUACAGAGAUCUGGCCUGGGUCACCAUAUUGGAUCGGGGCGGCUGUGCGACCACGAGAACACCCACCCCUAUGCCUGUUGCAAAGAUGUUGGUGGCCAUCACUUGAAGAAAGAACAGAUUGACCGCGUUGCGACGGUCAUGGCCACAAUAUUCGUUUCAGGCCUUACCGAACAGUGUCAGAAGCUCACACCCGCCGCUGAUCCCCGGACAAGGCACCAAAGCUGGCAGUAUGGCUCAUUCACCACCCCACCAAAUGCUGCCCGAAGCAUGCAGAGCAUAGCCGCUCGUGAGACUGUACCACAUUGGCAGAGGUUCGAUGAUAACGAUACACAGUACCUGACCCUAAGGUAUGAAGCGAUCAAGUCCGGCAAGUCACACAUGGAACUCAUGCGCCGAACCGUCGCAGCUCAGGACUGGCCCAUACAUAUCACUGCAAUGAUCGCCACAUCUCCAGUAUAA